GUACCAUUCAUCAGCCAUCCUCCUACGUUUUUCACCAGUUCGACAAGCUUCUCGUCCUGGCCAAGGGCAGGGUGUGCUACUUCGGAAAAGCAGAUGCAGCUCUCCAGCAUUUCCAGGACAUCGGGUAUCCCAGCCCCUCCGGAGUCAACCCGGCAGAGUUCAUGAUCCGCAUCACCAACGCAGACUUUGCCGAAGAGGGGCAGGUCGAGAGGAUCUGCGAUUCCUGGGAUGCCAUAUGCAAGGAGGCAAAGCCAAGCUUGUCCGGAGUCUUGACGUGCGGUCCACCGGAGGUGGCUCCAAGGGCGUCGGCACGGAAGCAGGUUGGCAAGCUCUUCCUUCGUGCAGUUCGGAGCAACAUCAGGAACCCCACUGCCUUUGCCGGACGAGCCUUGCUGACGGCCUUGCUUGUCAGCUUCGUCUGCAUGGCGUAUCUCGGUGCGCGGAAGCGGAACCAGGAGAAUGUCUUGAACUAUCUUUGGGCGGUGAUGUGGGUGCAACAACUGCCGGCUUUCCUUUGCAUCGGCGCUGUUCCGAACUUCGCGCGCGAGCAUAGCUGCUUCCGCAAGGAGGUGAAGAAUGGCCUCUACCAUCCCCUGUCGCAUCUUCUGGCAGACAUGCUGGUUCACGUGCCCAUUUGGUUCUUGCUCGCUGCUUCAGCCAUUGCGCCCUCCAGUCUUAUCCUGGACACGCCGGUGAUUCACACGCCAGAGCUGUGGUUACUGUUGGCUGCAUACAUUGGCUUCAACGACACCUUUGCGCAGCUUUGCGGCGGCCUUGGAACGGGAAGUCCACUGGGCAUCAUGGUUUUUCUCAUGCAGACGAUCUUGAACAUGAUCUUCGACGGCACCCUGCUGGCCCACGAAGGGGAGGCCCGUCAGGUUUCUGGAGCCCACGACCCUGCGCCCGAGCCGCGGCUAGUCAGGACAACAACAACAACAACCCAGUUCGUUGAUUUUUCUCGGAAGGUUUGUCAGAUUAGGAGUCAAUUUUGGAACAGUCGGGCUGGAGAGGUUUGUUCUUGGAAGUGA